CUUUUCUCGGACAAUGAAAAUGAAAAGUCCCCUUCUGCUAUUUUCUGGUUGUGCGUCUGCACCGAGGUCGUCUUCCUCCUAUUAUUUGUGUCUUCUUCUGUUCUCCCCUUUUCUUUGAUCAUGAAUUGAGUUCCUGGCAUAUACAGCAUACAAGAAUAUUUUUUCUGGAAGAGUCCAUCGCUAAUGCAAGUGCUCAUGAAAUUUGGAGCAGAUAUAUUGUUAGAUGGGCGCCAGAUAACACACACUUUCAGAGGGGAUUUGUAUUAGUUGCCUUCAAUGGUAACCCACAAGUCUGAACGUGCUCAGUAUAUCGCUUACAGGCCCAUAAGGCCGUCUGAUCUAGAAGCACUUCAGGAGAUUCAUGCGUCCUUGUUCCCGAUCAGGUAUGAGUCGCAAUUCUUCUUGAAUGUAGUCAAUAGUCGUGAUAUCAUAUCCUGGGCUGCUGUAGACAGCAGUCGUCCUUAUGAAAAAGCCGAUGAACUGAUUGCAUUCGUCACUGCACGUGUAGUCAUACCAUCACAGGCUGAGGUGGAUGACAUUUUGCAAUGUGACACUUCAGAUAAAAACCGGAGAUUGGUUUAUAUUCUUACACUUGGUGUAGCUCAGCAGUAUAGAAAUCUUGGAAUAGCUUCAUCUCUCGUUCGGGAGGUUAUCAAUUAUGCUUCAAGCAUUCCUGCAUGCAGAGCAGUUUAUUUACACGUGAUUGCCUACAACAGACCUGCCAUCCUCUUCUACAGGAGGAUGGCUUUCCGAUGCUUGCGGAGAUUGCCGUACUUUUACUACAUCAAUGAUCAGCAUUUUGAUGCAUAUUUGUAUGCAUACCAUGUAAAUGGGGGACGGUCUCCUUGCUCUGCUCUUGACCUGAUCGUAGCAGUUGCUACAUACUUAAGGAGCUUUUUUAUGUCUCUGACAACAAGAUUGUGGAAGCACGGAGACGUGGUACCUGCAUGGCCAAAAUGUAAAGAGGCUAAUUCUCUACUGCCCAAUUCAAAUAGAAUCAUUCAGGGUGCUGACAGCAGUGGACUGCAAUGUGUUUAACAAUUAGUUUGCAAAAUCAGGGCCGCGUGUAUGCCAACAGCAUGGAGGUUGGAAUAUUGUCUUCGUGUAUGUAUUUUUUUAUUGUUAAAAGUUCGAAAAUUACAAAAAACGGCUCCUCUAUUGACUGAAUAACAAAUAACCGCUCAACUUUUGACAUGCAACAACAGAUAGGCGAUCAAGUAUUCCUCGUAAUU